UUUAUAAAUUUAGAUUGUUUACACUCAGGUAAAAGCAAUGCUAAACGUGUAGAAAAUAAAAUUGCAAGUAAAUGUGAAAUAUAUACAUUAUUUAUAUUAUUUUAUGCUAAAUAAGCACAUUAAUUUUACGGAGAUUCUGCAAUAAUCCAAUAUUUCGCAGUAGUAAAAGUAAAAACACGACAAAAUGGGCGGCGGAGAUUUGAAUUUGAAGAAGUCUUGGCAUCCGCAUACGAUGAAAAACCAAGAAAAGGUAUGGAAAGCGGAGCAAGCCAAAUCACAGGAAGAUAGAAAGCUUAAAGAUUUACGGCGGGAAAUUGAAGAAGAAAAAAAUCGAGAGGAGCUUAAGCAGAUCGGUCGCAAUUCUGGUAUACUUCCACAGGAGGAUAAAAAAUUAGAAUGGAUGUACAAAAGUAGUAAUGAUCUUAUAAAUCGUGAAGAGUAUCUACUAGGCAGAAACAUUGACAAAUCAUUUGAGAUGUUGCAAGCUGAGGAGCAACGCAAAGAUCAAAAUAUGGUAGGUGUAAAGCAAUCAAUUAAUCAUGUGGAGCACGAAUGCAUACCUUUUUCCAUACGGUCUUAUCGUAAUAUGGAGUCCACAGAACAAGUCGAUUUGCAGCGUAAAGUCAUGGAGGACCCUUUAAUGUUAAUUAAACAACGUGAGAUGGAAUCGAGGAAAAAACUUUUAGAGAAUCCGGUUAAAUUAAAAGAACUUCAUCGUAUUCUUAAAACUGACGAAUUACUAAAGAAACCCAAAAAAGCGAAGAAAUCUAAAAAGUCGAAGAAAUCCAAGAAGAAGCACAAAAAACGUACUAAAUCUUCUAGCGAUGAUGGCUCAUCCGAUUCUGAAUCUGGUAGCGAUACCGCAAAGGAUCUAGAUAAGGAAUUAGCUAAACGAUAUAAAAAGCUAAAUAACGAGGAAGAUUUGUCUGGUUUAAAUUUGUCAAAACUAUUGGACGCUAAAUUCGAAACUAUUACAAAGGAAUUGGAUAAAGCAGCAGGUGGUAAACGCAAAAAAGAUCACCGCCAUCGCUCAAAUAGCAGUGAAAGUGAUCAUGAUAAUAAAAGGAAAAGCCGUUCAAGAGAGCGUGAACGACGAGUGGACAGAAAUGCAUAUGAGAGUAAAGAAAGGCAAAAAGCAUUUAGAAGCUCGCGUCACAGAUCACCCAAUAACUAUCAAAAACGACAAAGCUCAAAUGUACGAUCACCCGAUGAGCCUCGUAAACGACAAUAUUCUACGUCUCCUUCGGUGGAAAGGAAGAUCAGAAAUAUUUCCAAUUCUAAAAAAUCACGUUCAAGUCGUUCGUUAAGUAAUGACCGUAAAAAGAUUAAAGAUCGAUCCAGCAAAUUGAACGAAAAUUCGAGACAACGAGAUUAUAAAGGUCGUGAAACUAGAUCUUCGGCACGUUCAAGUAGAAGAGAACGAUCAAAAUCUCCACUUAGAUCUUCAUAUAGAAGAUCACGUUCCCCGCGUAGAAGCUCACGUUCGCCACAUAGAAGACCAAGUUCACCACGUAAAAGUUCACGUUCGCCACGUAGAAGAUCACGUUCCCCACAUAGAAGACCACGUUCUCCACGUAAAAGUUCACGUUCUCCUCGUAGAAGUUCCCGUUCUCCUCAUAGAAAACCACGUAAAGCUUCACGCUCACCACAAAGAAGACCACACUCUCCACGUAAAAGUUCUAAUUCGCCUCGCAGAUCUUCACGUUCUCCUCGUAAGACUUCACAUUCACCCCGUAGGAGUGAAAAAUCAAAGGAUCGUAAUGAAAAUAAAUGGGGCAAUGAGCGAUCAAAUGAAAGUAAAGUUGGUACUGCUACACAGAAAAAAUUAAGCACUGAGGAAAAGGAGGCACGUCUUCGGGAAAUGAUGGAAAACGCUAGUUGGAGAGAGGAGGAUCGUGUUAAAUCAGUGCAAAAGCAUCGCGAAGCAAAUGCUCGUGAAGAGGAGCAAUAUAAAACCCAGGAUUUCGAUAAGGAAUUUAUAAACAAAGAAGUAAGAAAAGCGAUUGCUACACAGUCGUCAAUUGGGUCUAGAAUACGUUCAAAUUUGAAUAAUAUCCAACGCACAUCUGCUGCCAUGAAUGCCAAUUUUACGAAAAAAUAAAUCAAAUUUCCACUUCUAGAUGUAAGUAAAUACCGUUUUUGUAACUAAGAAAUACACAUCUUAAACGUUUUUAAA